CUUUCCAUUUGUUCAUGAGUGUAAAUUCAUGUAGACAAUCGCUCCUGAGGGAUGUGGAUUUCCCAGGAUCAGAUAUCAAACAUGUCACCUCUCCUGAUGCUGAGCACUGUCAGCUGCUUUGCACCCAGCACCCUGCCUGUCGCUUCUUUACUUUCCUUCGUCCAGACUGGACCAGAGAUAACAGGCAGUUCUUCUGUUACCUCAAGGCCUCUCCCUCUGGACAGCCCAGAGUUCAGAAUACACUGCACGGUCACACCUCUGGCGUUUCUCUGAAACCCUGCAACCCAGACCCAAAGCCCUGUCUGCGUGGGGUGUAUCAUCAUGUGGACUUCCCUGGGGCAGACUUCCGGACCUUGUUCACAGCAAACUAUGAGGACAGUCAGAGAGAAUGCACACGUGAUCCUGCCUGUCAGGGAACUACAGAGAUGAAAGGACCAGGUACAAGUGCUACCUCAAAUUCAGCUGGACAGUGCCAAGGACACCUACGGUGUUGGCAAAGGGUGGUAUAGUAUCUGGAUUCUCCCAUAACCUACCAAUCAAUAGUGGACACUGUACCACAGGUAAUCUAAUACUCCUACCAAAGGUAGUAUUGACUGGAGCAACAACCAGUGCGGGUUGUUGUCGCGCAUGCUUUCUCUUUGGACUGCUUGUUUUAUACAGCAUGUCAGGGCAAACUUUUUCCAAACAUUGACGUCCCAGGACACAACGUCGAGGUUCUGCCUGCGGCCUCUCCUGAACACUGUCAGAUAUUGUGUUCUGCUCAUCACCACUGCACCUUCUUUGCUUACGUCAGGUAGAGUAUGUUGGCUGUGGUCAUGCAUAUUGUUAUUUUCCUACACUUGGGGCACUUGAAAUAGGGAGUGUGGGGCUUUCCCCAAAUAGCAGUGUCUUGAGUCACGUGCAUUAAGGAUACAUUUCACCCACAAAAUGACCAUUUGUAAAUCUGUAAGUUAUGCUGUGCUACUUUGAAUUUGUGGAGAAAAUGUCUCCACAGAAAACGGCAAAAAUGUAUGAUUUAUUGAAUGAUUGGGGAACCAAGGGUGUUGUAUGGCAUGCAUUAUUCCAGAAUUACAAUAAUUUCUAGCACUACUAAAUUAUGUAUUUCCUGCAUUUAGCCAGUUUUAGCUUUUUUUUUUUACAUUAGUUUUAAACUGAUUAAGAUUAAUAUAAUCUCUUACAUUUGUAGGUAGAGCAUUACAUUGUUGUUGCUAUAACUGAAAAGGCAGUUUGAGCAUGAGCAAUGUUUCAUGUAACAGUCUCCCCUAUGAUGGUUUUGUUUGUCUUAUUUCCUUAUGAACUGUUAAUAUAAAUUGAUUCAGGAGUGGGGAAGCUAAACUAUGGAGUAUCUUGUAUAUUGAAUAAACAUUGAGCAGCAAGAGAGCAACAAAAACCACAGUCAAAUUCCAUGAUUGUGUAGGCUACGCACUAGCUACAAGCUGAUUUUGAUUUUGAUUCUUGUCAUGCAUGUCGUAGCAUCACCUUAAAGUGAC